AUGAAGUUACUGGAGCGUGUGUUGGACAGUUUCAUCCGUGGUAUGGUGGACAUUGACUCUAUGCAGUUCGGCUUUGUGCCAGGCCGAGGUACAACAGAUGCUAUCUUCAUCCUACGCCAGCUACAGGAGAAGUACAUAGCUGCAAACAAGCCACUUUAUAUCGCGUUUGUCGACUUGGAGAAGGCCUUCUAUCCUGCACCAAGGAAAGUCCUCUGGUGGGCACUGAGGAGUCUGGGUGUUGAGGAAUGGGCUGUUCGUGUCAUUCAGGGUAUGUACUCUGAUGUAAGAACCCGUGUACGAGUCAACGGGCAGUAUAGCGAGGAGUUCGGAGUUGAAGUUGGAGUUCAUCAGGGAUCUGUCCUCAGUCCCCUACUUUUCAUCCUCGUACUAGAGGCUCUGUCACGCGAGUUCCGCACAGGUGUGCCUUGGGAGCUCCUGUAUGCAGACGACUAG